GGCAGCCAGCCCAAUCGAUCCCGCCGCGGGCUAUCUCGGGAGCGGAGCGCCGGCAGCGGUCUAGCUAUGCCGCCCCAGACAGCCGACCGCAACACGGAGGUCACAGCCGAGGUCACCCGGCUGACCCCGGGUCAUCCGGAAAAGAGGCCGGACGGCGCUGACCCUCCUGGCGCGCGCGACACCGAGAAGGACGGCGGCGCCGCCGGCUGGCUCGUCGUGCUGGUCAGCUUUCUGUGCAACGGCAUCAUCUUCGGCAUCGUCAACUGCUACGGCGUGCUUUACGUGGCGCUGCUGCAGAAGAUGGAGGCGAAUGGAGUGGCAAACGCCGCCUUUAAAUGUUCGCUGGUCGGCUCGCUGUGCACGGGUCUGACGUUCCUGAUGUCGGCGGCGUCUGGAGUGCUGGCCGACCAGGCCGGCCUGCGGCGCACAGCCUUCUUCGGCGCCAUACUCGCCUUCGUCGGCCUACUCAUCUCGGCCUUCGUUUCCAAUCAG